GUCCUCUCCAGGGAGAGGAGCUGCCCUAUGGAGGAUCUGAAAUUCCUCAGCUGUCAGCGGAGAUGGGUGACAAAGGCCUGGUUCCCUGGGAACUGUGCAGGAAAUUCACCAGGCCACACCUAGACAGCCAUUGGAUAGUUGGAACUGCCCGGGCCUGGCUCACCCAAUAUGGAGGAGAUGGCUAGAAAUGUCCCAGGUGAACGAUUUGAGACCAACAUGCCAACCCAGAGUCACUGUCAAAUCUCUUUCCACCCGGAGGAGGUCCGUGGAUUAAGGCACCAGGAGCCCCGGAGCCCUUCCAGUGCCGAGGCACCCUACUGCGAUCUGCCCCGCUGCCCCCCACCUCAGGACCCACUCAGUGCUGCAACCUCUGCUAGCCAGUCUGUGGUGGGCCCAGAACUCAGGCAGGGCCCGAGAGGUGGGGGCCCAUCCCCAACAGCAGAGCUCCCUGAAGAGGGCCCUGCAGUUGUCCCCAGGAGCAGGCGCUGGGACCCCGAGGCAGUGCCCUACUUGGAGGGUUUGGCUUCCUCCUCGUGUGGCAGCUGCGACGAGGACCCCGACUCUGACGCCAGCUCCAGCUCUCAUAGGAACGCCCCCGAUGAUACCAGGAAUUCAUCCUUUGUGGUCAUGGAGGGCUGGGAGGUGGGGCAUGAUGAGCUCCAAGAAGGUCCAAAAGCUGACAGUGCCCAGAGGGUCACCAGGUCCCCCACCAGAGGAGAUACUGUGGGCCAGAAGAAGGAGGACACCAGCGGUGGUAGCCAGAGUGCUGGACAGCAAUGGGCGAAGCUCCGGGGAGAAAGCGGGUACCUCUCCUUGGAGCGACAACGCUCAGGGGUGCCAACCCAGACUUCCUCUGUGACACCACAGGGCAGACUUCGAGGCACCAUUCCCCAGGCUUCCUCUCCCCAAAAGAACACUGCCCAGGCUGCUUCUACACCACGAGAAAGCCCCCAAGCCUCCUUUCCCCCACGAAUCACCCAGAGGGACAACCCCAAGACCUUGGCCAUCCAACAGGACACCCCUAGGACCUCAGCCACACAGUGGAACACCCCAAGAACUUCCUCUCCUUCAAGAAUCUCCCAGCGGGACAGCUCCAGAGCCUCAUCCACCCAACGAAGCAACACUCAACCUAGCUCUCCCCUCAGAGCCACCCACCAAGAUCACCUCAGAACCUCUGCUGCCCAACAGGACAACCCCAAAACUGCGUUUCCUGUUUGUAUUCCUCAGCAGGAUAACACCAGGAAAUCCUGUGACCAGGGGGACAAUCCCAGAGCCUCCUCACCCAAUAGAACCACCCAGCAAGUCAACCCCAGAGCCUCCUCUCCCAACAGAACUGCCCAGCGGGACAACCCCAGAACUUCCUCUGCCCAGCGGGACAACCCCAGAGUUUCCUCUCCCAACAGAACCGCCCAGAGGGACAACCCCCGAACAUCCUGUGCCCAGCGGGACAACCCCAAAAUUUCCUGUGCCCAGCAGGAGAACCACAGAGCCUCCUCUCCCAACAGGACCACCCAGCGAGACAAACCCAGAACCUCCUCACCCAACAGAACCACCCAGCGAGUCAACCCCAGAGCCUCCUCUACCAACAGAACUGCCCAGCGGGACAACCCCAGAACUCCCUGUGUCCAGUGGGACAACUCCAGAAUCUCUUCCACCCAAGGAGACACUCGCAAAGCCUCUUGGAGCAGAUGGGAGCACCUCAGAAGCGCCUGCUCCCAACGGGCCAACCCACACUCCUCUUCCCUUCACCGAGACAACCCCGGGAUCUCCUUUACCUGUCAAAUCACCCACAAGGACAACCCUGGACCCUCCUCUCCCCGCCGCUCUACUCAACACAGCAAUCCCAGGAAUUCCUCUCCCCACCGUACCAACAAAGACAUCCCCUGGGCCUCCUUUCCCCUCCGGCCAACCCAGAGUGAUGGUCCCCGAACCUCUUCCCCAUCUCGCUCCAAGCAAAGCGAGGUACCCUGGGCAUCCAUUGCCCUCCGGCCAACCCAAGGUGACAGACCUCAGACCUCAUCUCCCACCAGAUCAGCCCAGCGUGACCAGCCCCAGUCCUCUGGCCCUACCCAGCACAACAUGCCAUCACGGGCCACCUCAUCCUCCCAUAAUCCCAGCCACCUCAGUGGCUCUCGGACUUCCUCACCUCUGAAUCCUAUGAUACGGGGGGCUCCCCAGACUUCUGAGCCCUCCCAGCCUCCCUGUGCUGUGUGCAUUGGGCACCGGGAUGCGCCUCGAGCCUCUUCGCCUCCACGCUAUUUGCAGCAUGACCCCUUCCCCUUCUUCCCAGACCCCUGUGCCUCUGAGAGUGAAUCACCCCACCAUUACGCCCCCCACAUGCCACCUGCUGUGUGCAUCGGGCACCGUGAUGCCCCCCGGGCAUCCUCACCCCCUCGACACACUCAGUUUGAUCCCUUCCCCUUUCUCCCAGAAACAUCAGAUGCUGACAAUGAGUGCCCCCAGCAUGACCCUCCUCAGUUUCCCCCACCUGUGUGUAUUGGGUACCGUGAUGCACCCCGGGCCUCCUCCCCACCACGCCAGUUCCCAGAGCCUGCCUUCUUGUUCCAGGAUCUCCCCAGAGCCAGCACAGAGAGCCUUGUCCCUUCCACUGACUCUUUGCAUGAGCCACCCCACUUCCCCACCCCAGUGUGCAUCGGCCACCGGGAUGCUCCCUACUUCUCCUCUCCACCGCGCCAGGCCCCUGAGCCCUCCCUCUUCUUCCAGGAUCCCCCUGGGACUAGUAUGGAGAGCCUGGCUCCCUCCACCGACUCUCUGCAUGGCUCUCCACUGCUACUCCCCCAAGUGUGCAUUGGCCACCGGGAUGCACCUCGAGCCUCCUCUCCACCCCGCCACCCACCCAGUGACCUAGGGCUCUUGGCACCCUCACCUCCGCCAGGCAGCUCAGGCUCCCUGAGCCCAGCACCUCCAGGGGAGACCAGGCACAACCUGGAAAGGGAGGAGUACACCAUGCUGGCUGACCUGCCCCCGCCCAGGAGGCUGGCCCAGAGGGAGCCAGGGCCCCAGGCACAGGGCAGCAACGGGGGCCGCACCCGCAGCCCUGGCCGCGCAGAGGUGGAGCGCCUCUUCGGGCAAGAGCGCAGGAAGUCCGAGGCACCAGGACCCUUCCAGGCUCGGGAUGAAGGACGGUCACAGCGGCCCAGCCAAGGUCAGAGCCAACUUCGAAGACAGUCCAGCCCUUCCCCCAGCAGGCAGGUGACCAAGCCCUCUGCCAAGCAGGCAGAACCAUCCCGGGGGAGCCGAGCCGAGCCUGCUCAUCCUAGGAGUCCUGAGAGGCGGCUUGAGGGGGUCCUGCAGCUCCAGAGGUCCUCAUCACCCCUUGGGACAUCAGCUAGGACCCCUGAGAGGAAUUCACGGACAAAAAGACCUCCGGAAAGAGGUGGGGCAGGCCCAAGGCAGCCUCUGAGAGGGUGGCAGAGUCAGGAGGAGCUUUCAGGGUCCCGGAGACUUCAUGGAUACCUGGAGAAGAGCUGGAGCAGCCAGGAAGAGGGCCCAGGACCUGGGGGCUGGUCCAGCCUGGAGGGUACACAGAGGAGCCCUCCUGGGAAGUACAGGGAGAGUUGGGGGCAGUCAGAAGCCUGGGAGGAGCAUCCCCAGCAGGGCCGAGGCAACUUGUGGGAGCUGUCAAGUUCCCAGCAGCCUGUGAACCCCCCAGAGAACUGGGCAGGCCCAGCAGAAUGCUUACACCCCCAGCAGCCUGAAACCCCCUCUGCCAUGUGCUGUGGAGCUGAGGGAACAGGCCCACAGCUGCUAGGCCCUGAGAGGCGACUUGAGCUUGACUGGAGGGACCUGCUGGGGGCCUGGGCCCAACUCCCAAGGCUAGACUGGGAAGACCUCCUGGAACUCCUGCAAGCCCACCUGCUUCAUAAGAACUCAGCUGGGCCCUGGGGUGACCCAGCCAAGACUUCAGGACCAGAACUGGGUCCCCUAGACACAAAAGACACUCUGGAAAGAGAACGACAGAGCCAACCUGAAAGCUGGGCUGAGGCCACUUUGGUCAAUGGACACAUCUCUGGGCAGCAGUCCCAGAGCCCAGCUCAAUUGUCCAGUCCUGCCUGCACCUCCACCCAGUGGCCAGCAACCAAAGUGACAGGUGGACCAGAGACUGCAACUCUGGCUGGUCUGGAGCAGAUGGGCCAGCUAGGGGGCUGUAGCCUGGCAGAAGGCCCCAGCCCACCAGAGCUAGAGGAGGAGCCAGAGGAGCCUGAGGAGUCAGAACCAAGUAGAGAUCCAGACUCACUGACUGACCAGAAGCAAGCCGACUCGGCAGACAAGAGGCCAGCAGAGAGCAAGGCUGGGAGCCCACUCAAGGGCCGACUGGUGACCUCAUGGCGGAUGCCCGGGGACCGGCCCACGCUGUUCAAUCCAUUCCUGCUGUCUCUGGGGGUCCUCAGGUGGCAAAGGCCCGACCUGCUCAACUUCAAGAAGGGAUGGAUGUCAAUCCUGGAUGAACCUGGAGAGGUUAGGAGGGCUGGAUGGGAGGGGAGAGGUGGGCUGGGCUGGGCUGGUGCGGGGUCUCCCUGGCCUUUCCAGCCUUCUGGAGGCCCUCACCUCUGAGGGUAGGGGUGGAGCUCAAAGGUGGGGGCCAGGUGAAAGCCCUAGGGAAGUGCGCUCCUUGUGCAGUGGAAGAGAAGACCUGGCAGGUGGAGGACAGAGGCUGCUGCCCGUAUGUUUCCUGAGCAGUCUACAGUGUGAAAGUCACAAGGUGGAGGCCUCCUGGCUACACGUGCCCCACACCCCUUUCUCUGCUCUCAUCAUGAGCUCCUUGGCCAUCCCACUUCAUGACCCUGACUAGGGAUCUGAGGAUGUGAGGUGGAGGGUUCACAGAGAUCCCCUGGCCUGGGACAGACUGCCUAAGGCUCGGGCAUGAGCUGAGAGCACAGGCUCAGAAGUUUUACCAACCCGGGACUCACUGGUGGAGUCACAGCGUUCUCUAGGCCUCAGUGGCCCCAUCUGCGAAGUGGGCGUAGUGGGUGAUGAGUGGAGAAUAAAGUCAGAGAUCAGCAGUGGAAGGGUCCCAUAGUCCCUUUGGCCUACUGGGAGCUCAGCUCAUGACCCUUCUGUCUGUCUACUGUAUCUAUCCUUGGAACCAGAAGGUACAGUGGCUAUUUUGCCAGCUUUGCCUUUCUGCUGCCAUACUGGAGCUUGGGAGCUGAGUUGGCAUCCUGCCCACCUGGCCCGGGAGGGGCCACCUCUCACCCCAGCCUGCAUGCGCCUGUGGCUCGGGUCUGCGUGCAGCCUGCAUGCCGGGCAGGGCUCAGAGCCAAAGGGAAUCUCAUUGUGUUUCCUGCCCACACACUUUAUUCCUUCCAGCCUGCAGCCUUCCGUCCCUGCUGCCUGCCCACCAUCCCCUGGUGGCUGCUCUCCAGGAGCACACAAGGCCUGGCACCCUGCCAGUGACCCCUUCCUGGCCUUCCCACCCAGGGUCCCUGGAGGGCAAAGGGAUUAUGAGCCCCACCCAGAACUGGCCAUUACUCAUGCUCCUUCAUGGGGUUUUGGAAUGUCUGAGCUGGAAGGGCUCUGGGAGUGUCACCAGCCCAGCCCCCCAUGCACAGACAGGAGAUAAGCCCAUGAGUGUCUGUCCCUUCUAAGCCUUGGACAGCUCAGGCUAGAACUGAGCACCUGAGGCCCAUGGAGCUUAUCCAGUUCCCAGCACGGACACCCAGAGUAGGCCUGGAAGGACCAAGAAGCUAUUGACUGCCCCAGGUUGCAGAGAGGCAGUUGAGGUCCCAGGCAGCAACUUGAUCCACUCAGGGAAGGCAGGAUGGUCCUAAGUGGCCAGCCACUUGCCAAUAGCUUGGUGCCCGUCCCUGCGCCAAGGGCUGUGAGAGAC